GUAGGAGCAAUUCCGAAGCCCCGCAAAGUGGACCGGAUCCACAUCCCGUUGGCUCCUUCAGGGUCUCUUUUGCCCUCCACCUAAUGUGUAGUAUGGAUCCCAACCCAUCAAUUAGUCAAAGUUAGUCUUCCAAUCUCACAACAAACAUGAAUCGAACUCGGCCAGCGAGGUCCAAGACAGGUUGUUCCUCCUGCCGUCGCCGCAAAGUACGGUGCGACGAGACGAAACCUAUUUGCAACGCAUGUACACGUCUCUCUUUAACUUGCUCUUAUGAGCCUAAUCGUGCAAAUUCUACCGAGACGCUUCGCUACCGCGUGCGCUUCGUUAAUUCUCGCUACACGAGAUCGCGCGUAGAUGACAAAACUACCUCAUCUGACUCAUCUCAGCAACGUAUUGCCCCUGAAGCCAAGCUCAAACAGAAGCCUCUCAAGGAAAAUACAAGGGACAAUGUAGAACCGAGCUCUAGCGGAAACGGGUCGGGCAACUCUGCCGUGCCGCAUCACUCUCCCGUUCAGGCCUCGCCCGGAGGCCCGCCGCCUCAGCAUGGCGCCGAGCCCAAGGUGGUUCCAGAACCCGGUGUGGUUAACACCAUCUCACAGCUGGAUGUGUACGAAGCCCAAACCCAAUUAAAUCCCGGUUACAUACCGGCCUUCUUUGACCUUAAUAUGAACUUCGAUCUACUCGGCGAAGAGUGGCUAUCCCCACACACUCCAGGAAAUCCAAUGUUAUCAUCUGAGUCGGGAUCAGAGCCGUGCCAGGUUGAGAUCCCAGGUCCUAUUUCGAGUACUCAGGACGCUACUGUUGUUAUCCGUCCCGAUGACCACAGACUCAUCCAACACUUCUUGAAUGUCAUGACUGGCUACUGCAAGAUACGUAGCACAGGCGAGGAGAACCUCUAUAGCCACGUUUUCAGUAACAUGGCGCUAUUCUAUGCACCAUUAUUCAAUACCAUAUUGGCGUGGACGGCCUUGCAUCUUGGCCAAACGAGGCCCGAGCCUGACCUAGUUCGGAAGGCAGAAGAACGAUACUCGCUUGCCAUCACAAUGCUGCAUCGAGACCAAACUGUCGCUAUCAAUUUUGAACGUUCUAUUGUUACCAUCUGGUUUGCCGUUCAGUUCGAACUCCUCGCGGCACGGGAUAUUAAUGGUUUCUGUCAGCACUUGGGAUUUAUUGCAGAUCUUGUUGACGCUCACCGUCGCCACCUAAAAGCUGGCGGAGAGGCAACGCCACUUGGAUACGUCGGCUCUCGUAUGCUAGUCUGGUUAGGUGCAUACGAUGCUCGGGGGGCCUGGAUCGGAGGCACAGGACGUCUCUUGGAGAAUCUCGAGUCAUUCUGUGCAGAAUACAAUUUCAUAGACGCCGCGUUUCCAAACUUGCCCGCCAGUACAGAAGAUUUAAAACCUUCUCUGCGCUUGUCCCUGGAGCUUGACUUUUUGGAUAGCCGGAUUGUCCACUUACAUCGUAGGACGGGUCCUGCGCCGGUUGCAAUGUGGUCCAAUGUACAAUCCGGACUUAUUACCCUCCGCGAACGAUUCGAUCGCGACCCUUCGGUUGCGCCGAUCAUUUCCUACAUUAACGAGCCGAGCCGCGCUCUCGCCGGUCAAAUUACGACAAAAUGUUUUAACUGUCUACUACUCCUAGCAGCGUAUUACGGAGUCGUGAUAAACUACCAUAGAAAGGUUCCCGCUGCUAUAUCUGCCACUGUACCGAACCGACUCAAGCCAGCCGAACUAGCGGCAAUUUACAUCGUGCGUCUAUCAUCCUUAGUCGGCCGAUUACGCCCACCCUCACCACAGAAUAUUUGGCCACGUCUUCUGUUCUUGGCCGGUAUCGAGACUACGGAUGUCGUUUAUCAGGACUGGGUGGUUAAGACACUUUCGGAGGCUGAGAUUUGGGGAGCUAAUUUUCGCAGGACCCGAUUGCUGCUUGAACAGGUCAUCAAAAUACAGAGUACUAAAGGAGUCCGGAUUGACUACCUUGAUGUCAUGAAGCAACAUUCGGGCUUAUUCAUUGUCUGAGAUACAAUACAUCUGGUAAAAUAGUCCAUGUUAAAAAGGGAUACUAAUGUAUUAUGGCAUAGUAUCUAUAGUAAGCAUUAUCCUAUUAUCUAGUAGAGGCUAUGCGGCAGAACUGGGGUUGAUUUAUAUAUAUAUCCCUUGCUCACGCAAGCGUCGCGAAGAGCGGAGUUUCUUGUUAGGUCUAAUCUAACUUACCUGGCUAAUAGCGGGUUUGAAUCCUCAUUCUCAAAGUGUGCAGUCUGCGUAAAAGAGUUCAUGAACGCCGCCAGACGAGCAAAUUCAACAUCACCACAACACGC